GCCCAAAAAUCCUCUUUUUAGUACGGAGAAGUCGCGUAAUAUAAUAUAAAGAAAAUAUACAAAACGUUUAUCUAUUUAAAAAAGCAGCUCUACCCGAUAAAAUUCUCAUCAGUGUUGGAUUUUUGUACUGAAUUCAAUUAUAAUAAAAAAUAAAAUUGAAUUUAUUUUAAAUUUUACUUAAAGUGAAAUUUUUCAUCUUGAAAAAGUAUCUCAUAGAUACGUAAAAAAGCAAUAUAAAAGUAUCUUCCCGUUUCGGUAUUCGAAAGUGUGAAACACAAAAAACAAAAGAAAGUUAAUACGCUUACAAAAAACUCUCUUAGCUUUAAAGUUAAUAAUAUUUAAUUAAAUUAAAAAAACAAAAAAAAAAAACUAAUCAUCAUGUCCGCAUCACCAACUGCCAGACAGGCUUACUCUCAUGCAAUUCCUGUAGUGAAGAAAAUUCAAAUCAAUGAUCCAAAUCAAAUGCCAGAUGUGUACUCUUCAACGCCUGGUGGUACCAUGUACUCAACCACACCUGGAGGUACCAAAUUGAUUUAUGAACGUAAUUUCAUGAAGAAUCUGCGUGGCUCUCCAAUGAGUCAAACACCACCAAACAAUAUUCCAUCGUGUUUAUUGCGUGGUACCCCAAAGACACCAUUCCGCAAGUGUGUACCUGUGCCAGAAUCUAUCAGGAAAUCGCCAAUGAAAAUUGAAGAUAGCCACGAACAAUUCCAAUUGGAAUUAUAAACACUCUACAUACUAUAAGGAAAAAAUUAAAAAUUGCAAUUCAUUACAAAUUUAUAUACGAUAAGAAAAGCCACUUAUCGAUUGAAAAAAAAAAAAAAAGAAAAAAAAAAAAAACAUAUUAUUAAUCAAAGUGCAAAAAAAAAACAAAAACAUACUAAGGAUAUUUUAAUUUUUAAGCAAACAUCAUCAUUGCUUAAUUUAUUAUUAUUUUUUUUAAAUAUCCUCAAAAAAAUUUUCACUAAAAUAUUGUACAUAAAAAAAUCGAUAGUUUUUUAGUAUUUAAGUCAAAAAAAACAAAACAAAAAAGUCCUAGAAUUUAGUUUGUAUUUUUUUAAUUUUAAUUCUAAUUUUUUUUUUUUUUUGUUAUAAUUUUAAGAAAAAAAGAAAAUAUUUCGAUUAAUUUUUUUUUAACUUCUUAAAACAAAAGCAAAAAAAAAUAAUAGUCAUUGCCUAUAAAUUAUUAAUAUUUAAGAAAAAAAUCAUUUGAAAAAAAGAUAUUUUUGUAUUAAAAAAAAUUCGGUCAUAUUGACUGAAGUGAAAAAUGAAAAAUGUGUGAGAGUCCGGGCCUUAAAGAAGGAAAAAUAAAAAUUAAGUAAACUUUAAAUUAGAUCUCAAGUUGAAUAGUUGCAAACAAAAUUUAAAUCUUAAAAAAAAAAAUGAACCCACUCUCGAGAAAAUAA